AUGGUGCAAAUAAGCGAGAUCAAGGGAGUGAGCAGGGAGAACCGUACAGCUGCCCAUACACAUAUCAAAGGACUUGGACUGGAUGAGCAGGGAUAUGCCCGUCGUGUCGAGGGAGGGUUUGUAGGCCAAGAGCAAGCUCGAGAGGCAUGUGGAGUGGUUGUGGAUCUUAUUAAAGCCAAAAAAUUGUCGGGCAAGGCUAUUUUACUAGCCGGAGCGCCAGGUACUGGUAAAACGGCGUUGGCAUUGGCUAUUUCACAGGAAUUGGGACCUAAAGUACCGUUCUGCCCGAUUGUGGGUAGUGAGAUCUUUUCCGCAGAAGUUAAGAAGACCGAGGCUUUAAUGGAGAACUUCCGUCGUGCAAUUGGACUGAGAAUCAAAGAAACUAAAGAGGUAUAUGAAGGAGAAGUGACUGAAUUGACGCCAGAAGAGGCUCAGAAUCCACUUGGAGGGUACGGCAAGACCAUCAGCCAUGUGGUUGUGGGACUCAAGAGUUAUAAAGGAACGAAGCAAUUAAGGCUCGAUCCUAGUAUAUACGAGAGUAUUCAGAAGGAAAAGGUCGCGGUAGGCGAUGUUAUUUAUAUUGAAGCCAAUACUGGAGCUGUCAAGAGAGUAGGUCGUUCGGAUGCGUAUGCUACCGAGUUUGAUCUCGAGGCUGAAGAGUAUGUUCCAUUACCAAAGGGCGAUGUUCAUAAGAAAAAGGAGAUUGUUCAAGAUGUCACUUUACACGAUCUGGAUAUUGCAAAUGCCCGUCCUCAAGGCGGACAAGAUAUCAUGUCCAUGAUGGGUCAAUUGAUGAAACCCAAGAAGACGGAAAUCACCGAUAAACUGAGACAAGAGAUUAAUAAGGUUGUACAAAAGUAUAUUGACCAGGGAAUUGCCGAACUGAUUCCUGGAGUUCUGUUUAUUGACGAAGUGCACAUGCUAGAUAUUGAGAGUUUCACGUAUCUCAACCGAGCUCUUGAGUCGACUAUUUCGCCCAUUGUGGUACUAGCGUCGAACCGAGGCAUGACUACUGUCCGAGGAACUGAAGAUAUUCAGGCCCCUCACGGUAUUCCUUCAGAUCUUGUUGACAGACUGCUGAUUGUGCGCACCCUUCCAUACAAUUACGAAGAGAUCCGUACCAUUAUCGAGAAACGGUCGAUCAUUGAACAAUCACCUGCUACCAGUGCUGCUCUUGACAAACUGGCGACCCACGGAGUCAACACAUCUCUCCGAUACGCACUCCAGCUGCUGGCCCCAGCAUUCAUUAUCGCCAAAUCCAACGGCCGCACCGAAAUCGACGUGUCCGACACCGACGAGGUCGAAGACCUCUUCCUCGACGCCAAACGCAGUACCUCGAUCCUCCAACAGGACCAGAAGUUCCUGGCUUAA